AUGGUUAUUAAACAACGCCAAAUUCGGGCUUAUUAUGAUGAAGAAACUAUUACGGUUUAUCAAGCAUACAACAGCGAAAUCGCUUCUACAGCCGUCAAUAAGCAAAAGCUAUGUGCUUCACCACAGUUCCGACUUACCCGCAUGACAUGGAUUAAACCCAGUUGGUGCUGGAUGAUGUACCGCGCGGGAUAUUCGUACAAGGACAAAAACCAAGAGCGGAUCCUGGCGCUGAAAAUGAAGCACGAGCACUUUAUCGCGCUGCUAAGAACGGCGACGUUGACAACAGAACCCGGCCAAGGGAUUGCGCCAAGUGAUACCACGGAAGCCAGCAAACCCCCAAGAGAAAAGCCAUCAGCCGUCAAGGUGCAAUGGGACCCAGAGCGUACGCCUCGAUUGGAAAAACUAGGCUACCGCAGCAUUCAAAUCGGGAUCCCUAGUUCAGUAGCGGCGACCUGGGUGGAUGAAUGGAUCAUUGGCAUCGAGGAUGUUACGGAAAAAGCGCGCGCGUUGGAACAGGAGUUGAGGGAAAACCCUGGGGUAACUGACGAGGAGCUGCUAGGCAAGGGGCUUGUGCCGCCCGAGAGGGAAUUUCCGGUGCCUCUCGAGGUUCAACAAGCGAUCGGAGUGGAUUCUGCUUAG